UUGAAGCUAGUAAAGUCCACAUUGAGACCAUUGGGUUGUAGGGCUCCCACGCGGAAUGCGAGGUGCUGGCAUCAGUGUAACACUGGAGGAGGCCCAGGAUGGACAAGUCGUCCAGGGAGUGGCAGGGGGAGUUGACUGGGAGGUGUUGUCGUUUGUUGCGAACCACGUGUCGGUGCUCCACAAAGUGGUCUCCAAGCCUCCGCUUGGUCUCCCCGAUGGAGAGAAGGCCGCAUCAGGAACAGCGAAUACAAAAGACCACAUUAGCGGAUGUGCAGUGGAAGUUUGCUGCCUCCUCCUUGUGGCACUGCUUUGGGGUGGAACAAACCCUUUUCUGAAGAAGGGCACAGAGGGAAUAGAGAAGGUUAAGUCUAGAAACAUUGUCAUUCAACUCUUUGCAGAGAUUAAGUUUUUAUUUCUUAAUUACAAGUAUUUAGUGCCUUUUCUUCUCAACCAAAGUGGAUCGGUCAUCUACUACUACACUUUAGCAACUACAGGUCAUUUUGAAAACUGCAAAAACACAAUGAUCUGGAAUGUAGCAGGGGACAACUUUCUCUCUAAAAAAAAUUCCAAUCGUAUGAACAAGUAAUACAGAAUAUAGCCACAUAUGGCAAAAAUCGAAUGAUUAGAUUCAUGUGCAAUGUUCACCCAUUUCCUUACAAACCUGAACAUUAAACCAAGGUAUGUAAGUGUAGACAUGGACUUGUGGUUAAAUUUUAAUAUUAAUCUCCAACCGUUAUGGCUAUGUUCCUUGUCUAUUCAGCAAGUGCUACACUUUUUUUAAAAAAGUUAAAAUAUUUGAUCUCCUGUACUGGUUACAACCAAUGCAACCACAAUAAGAUUUGCAAAUAACUGAAAUUGUUGUAUUGAACCAAAAUAUAAUGCAGGGGCACAUUACAUAUAACUAUUGUGUGUUCCAAGGUGAUAGCUAAUGGUCUGUUCAAAGCAUCUGAACAAUAAAGCCUGAUUGACUGCUGAAAGUCAAGGGUAAAGAAAUGUUAAGGAUCUUAUAAUUAGAGUGGCUAGCUAGAGUUCAUUCACAACUAUAUAAGGACAUUUGGAGGACAUUUGUACCAUGCUUUGUUGCUAUGGAAUCAACAAAUGGGUAUUUCUUUGUGAAUUAAAUAUUAUGUGCAUUGUGCCAGGAAUUGAAAGCAUCUUGACUUUAAAAAGUACUUUUAUACAACAUUUGGAAUUUUACAAAUUCCUCUGAUUUUUUUCUGUCAGUUUUCGUCCAUCUUGAAGACUUUCAUACAUUGCUGGGCGUAGUUUCAUUGUGGUCCUUCUCUUUUCCUUCUUGAAGACAGUAUUCAAUCUUUACCACUGUCUAAAAGACACAAUUGAUUUCUUAUUGGAUAAGAUUUUUUGGUUGACCUCUUGUACCUCAUACGCAACAGUAAUCUUUCUAUGAAGACUGUAUCUGUGAGUGUCAGCAAAUAGUGAGAAAUGAAAAGAAGUGAAAAAAACUAUACUGGUCUGAUUCCUACCAUAUAUUCAUAUUUCUUGAAGGUCUCAGUGGAUAGUGUUUAGGACCUCUGCCCCAUUUUACUUGUUUAAUCUAUACAGAAAUAAGCAAUAGCACUAACAUUGGCAUUCUAGCUAAAUUCAACUAAUUUAGCAUAGAUUUUCAAUGAAAUUUGGAACCUUCUAGUUUAUAUGAAUCAUGCGUAAGGACAGGAUGAGAGCAGUUAAUAAGAAAACAGUGUUCAAGGCUUUAUUAGUAGGAGCAUGGAGUAUAAGAGUACUGAUAUGAGGAUACAAAAUAGGAACAGAAGUACACAAUCGGCCUCUUGAGCUGCUCUGCUAGUCAAUCAAAUCUUCACUGAUUGGUUUGUGUUUCAAAUUUCACAUUCCCAUUGACUCCUGAUAACUUUUAAUUCCCUUGACUUUAAAGAAUCUAUGUACCUCUACCUUUAUAAUAUUCAAUGACCCUGCCUUCUGAGGCAGAAACUUCCAAAGUCAGACAAUCUUCUGAGAGAAAAAUUCUCAACUUCUGUUUUAAAGGGGCAGCCCAUGGUUUUAAAACAGUGUCCACUGAUUCUGCACUGACCCACAAGAAGAAAUAUUGCUUCCACAUCCACCUUGUCAAGACCAUUUUUUUUAUCAUAUACACUUCAAUCAAGUCACCCUCUCCUAAAUUGCACUGGAAACAAGUCCACUCUGUCCAACGUAUUCUCGUAAGACAAGUUGCUCAUUCCAAGCAUCAAUCUAACAAACCUCUUCUGAACCAUCUCCAGUGCAUUUAUGCAUUUCCUUAAAUAAGGAGGUCAAAACUGCAUACAGUGUUUGAAAUGGGUUCUCACCAAUGCCCUGGAUAACUGAAGCAUCACAUCCUAACUUUUAUGUACAAUUCUUGUAAAAAGGGAUAGUAUUUCAUUAAAGUUUUUGACUACAUGUUGUACCUAGAGUCAUAGAGAUGUACAGCAUGGAAACAGACUGUCCCGGUCCAACUCGUCCAUACCAACCAGAUAUCCUAAAUUAAUCUAGUCCCAUUUGCUGGCAUUUGGCCUAUAUCGCUCUAAAUCCUUCCUAUUCAUGUCUCUAUUCAGAUGCCUCUUAAAUGUUGUAAUUGUGCCAGCCCUCCACCAGCUCCUUUUAGCAGCUCAUUCCAUGCAUGUACUACCCUCUGUGUGAAAAAAGUCACCCCUUUGAUCCCUUUUAAAUCUUUCCCGUCUCACCUUAAACCAAUGUCCUCUAGUUUCACACUGGGAAAAAAGACCCUCCCAUUCACUCCAUGCAAGGCCCUCAUGAUUUUAUAAACCUCUAUAAGGUCACCCCUCAGCCUCCGAAACUCUGGGGACAAUAGCUUUUUGUAAACCCAUGCACCAAAACAUCUAAAUCACUCGGCACCUUGCAAUUCUGCAGUUUUUCUCCACUUAAGUAAUACUCUGCAUUUGCAUUGGUGACAAAGUGAACAACAUCAUAUUUCCCACAAUAUACAAGCCAUCUGUCAGAUUUUUUGCCAAAUCGCUCAACCUACCUAUAUCCUUCUGUAAACUCCUUAUGUCUUCUUCACAACGUAUUUUUCUACCUAUCUUGGCGUCAUCUUUGAAUUUAGCUGCAAUGCUUUCGCCUUCCACAUUUCAGUACUGAUGUAAAUUGUAAAAAGCUGAGGCCUUAGACAAUAUUCCCUCUAAUUUACAUGUGUGCAGCCAUUUCAAUAUUCUGUGUAUGGCAGUCAGCAUUAGCAAUGGCUACCUUUCAUGUUGUACCGAUUUUGUGAUAUGGCUGAACUAUUUACAAUCAUAGAUAGUUGAGCUAUUGCUGAAGCUUUGAACUCUUAAAUAAAUCCUUUAAAACUGGCAUUUUUUUUCAUAACAAUACAAGAUACAGGUUAACGAAAGAUUGAGAGAAAUAAACAGAAAAUGAGCCUCAAGUGUAUGCUCCAAUAGAAGGUACAUGAGAAUACACAGUAUAAGGACCAUGUCUUUUUGUUUUGUGUUUUUAAAAACUGGGGAUGGAAACAAGAAAGAGCUGUUUUAAAAACCACUGUUGAAAAGAGUGGCUUCAGUUUUGAGAAGCAACCAACCUGACAUCUACGUCUCAUAUUUGAACUGUUUGAACCAACAAUCAUUUUGCGGCUGUACAUGAUUUGAAGUUUUGGGUGUACCAAUACAGCUUUUGCUGGCAACAUGAAGUUGAUUGGUCUAGUGACUAGUUAUUGAUGCCAGAGACCUUUUUACUUGCCAGCAACUGUGCAAUUGAUUUGUAACAAUAGAACCUGGGAACAAAGACUACUAAACUAUCUUUCCCUCUGUCCAUAACCUAUUUUACCCUGUUUGUUUGUAAGGGGAUUAGAGUUUUAAUUAGUGUUAUAUGCUGACAGUUGAUAGUGAAAUCACUAUAGUCCCAUCUCUCAUUAAAGAGAGAGAGAGAGACAAGUGAGGUCAACUCAAGGCUCACUAUGCCUCAGGUGAGGGAGAGCUUGAGAAG